AUGCUCUUUUGUACUCUGCUCUACAUUUCUCUCGCACCCAUCUUCACAGAGUCUUCUAUAUUAUUUCAGGGUUUCAAUUUGGAGUCAUGGAAAAUGCAAGGGGGAUGGUAUAACCACCUUAGAGAAGUGAUUCCAGAACUGGCUGCUAAUGGAAUUACACAUGUUUGGCUUCCUCCAUUUACUCAUUCUGCUUCACCUGAAGGAUAUUUGCCAGGAAGGUUGUAUGAUCUCAACGGAUCAAAAUACGGAAAUGAAAAUGACUUAAAAGCACUCAUACAUGCUUUUCAUGACAAAGGGAUCCAAUGCAUAGCAGACAUAGUUAUAAACCACAGAAUUGCAGAGAGCAAAGAUAAUAGAGGAAUAUGGUGCAUCUUUGAAGGAGGAACCCCAGAUACACGUCUUGACUGGGGUCCUCAUUUCAUUUGCAAAGAUGACACCGAAUAUUCAGAUGGCACUGGAAAUUUCGAUAGCGGAGAAGGCUUUCCACCUGCUCCAGACAUCGACCACUUAAACCCACAAGUUCAAAGUGAGCUAUCAGAUUGGAUGAACUGGCUGCAAACUUACGUUGAAUUCGACGGGUGGAUAUUCAACUUUGCCAAGGGAUACUCCCCCAAAAUCACCAAACUCUAUAUGAAUAAAACCAACCCCAAAUUGGCAGUAGGGGACUUUUGGAAGUCACUUUCAUAUGGAAAUGACGGAAAACCCACUUACAACCAAGAUCUUCAUCGCCAAGAAAUCAAGAAAUGGGUGAAGGAAGCCGGAGGUGAAGUCCUUGCAUUUGAUUUUACAACUAAAGGAAUUCUCCAAACCGCAGUCCAAAGAGAGUUAUGGAGGAUGAGUGUCUCUGGAGGGCCUCCGGGACUCAUUGGCUUGCGGCCCACAAAUGCUGUCACCUUCAUCGACAAUCACUACACAAUUGCCAAAGAUCACUGGCCCUUCCCAUCAGACAAAGUCAUGCAAGGUUAUACUUACAUCUUAACUCAUCCAGGAGUUCCAUCAAUCUUUUACGACCAUUUUUUCAACUGGGGUUUGAAAGAUCAAAUCAGUAAACUGAUUGCGAUCAGAGAAAGGAACGGGAUCGGACCCAACAGCACUGCUAGCAUUCUGAUCGCCGAUCCAGAUCUGUAUCUAGCGGUGACGGACGGGACCGUCAUAUCCAAGAUUGGCUCAAGGUACAACGUGCCGGCGAACUUUAUCCCUCAGAACUUCCAAAUUGCUACUUCCGGUUCUGAUUACUGUGUGUGGGAGAGAAUGAAGAACUCCACGUACGUGUAA